GAAUUCCAAAUUACGUGCAGAAUGCUGAAUUUUCUAAUCAGGAGGGAUCAGACAGUGCAGAAAACCGGACUCCGGUAAUUCUGGGAGUGCGUUUUGCAACGCGUCUCCUCCAGCUUGGCACCAAGCCUCCGAUCCGCGGGGAGUUGGAAGCUGCGGCCAGCGCAGCGGGUGGAGGAGGUCCGCGGGCAGCCCCGCGCACCCCUGGUCAUGUCGCCUUUCAUGCCCUGCCCCUUUGCGUGGCUUUCUGAGGGUUUCCAGGGCUGGCCGGGGUUGCUACCCACCCGCGCGCUCUCUGUCACCCCCAGCCAACCCCAGCGGGCAAGGCUCCCCCGAGCCGAGACCUUUUGACUCCCUGGUCCCUCACUCCCGCCUCCGCCCCCGCCCGGGGGUGGCCCUGGAGACACGGAGCUCGCUCGCCCAGCAGAGACCAUGGUGUUUCUCUCUGGAAAUGCCUCCGACAGCUCCAACUGCACUCACCCUUCGGCGCCGGUGAACAUUUCCAAGGCCAUUCUGCUCGGGGUGAUCUUGGGGGGCCUCAUCCUUUUCGGAGUACUGGGGAACAUCCUGGUGAUCCUCUCCGUGGCCUGCCACCGGCAUCUGCACUCGGUCACUCACUACUACAUUGUCAACCUGGCCGUGGCUGACCUUCUGCUCACCUCCACCGUGCUGCCCUUCUCCGCUAUCUUCGAGGUCCUGGGCUACUGGGCCUUUGGCAGGGUCUUCUGCAGUAUCUGGGCGGCGGUGGACGUCCUGUGCUGCACCGCGUCCAUCCUGGGGCUCUGCAUCAUCUCCAUUGACCGCUACAUCGGCGUGAGCUACCCGCUGCGCUAUCCCACCAUCGUCACCCAGAAGAGGGGUCUCAUGGCUCUGCUCUGUAUUUGGGCGCUCUCUCUCGUCAUCUCCAUCGGGCCUCUGUUCGGCUGGAGGCAGCCGCCCCCAGAGGAUGAGACCAUCUGCCAGAUCACCGAGGAACCCGGCUAUGUGCUCUUCUCUGCGCUGGGCUCCUUCUACGUGCCCUUGGCCAUCAUCCUCGUCAUGUACUGCCGGGUCUACGUGGUGGCCAAGAGGGAGAGUCGGGGCCUUAAGUCCGGACUCAAGACCGACAAGUCGGACUCGGAGCAGGUGACUCUCCGCAUCCAUCGGAAAAAUGUCCCGGUAGGAGGCAGCUCGAGGUCCAGCACUAGGAACAAGACGCACUUCUCCGUGAGACUCCUCAAAUUUUCCCGGGAGAAGAAAGCGGCCAAAACACUGGGCAUCGUGGUCGGCUGCUUCGUCCUCUGCUGGCUGCCUUUUUUCUUAGUGAUGCCCAUUGGGUCUUUCUUCCCUGAUUUCAAGCCCUCAGAAACAGUUUUUAAAAUCACGUUUUGGCUUGGAUACCUAAACAGCUGCAUCAAUCCCAUUAUAUACCCAUGCUCCAGUCAAGAGUUUAAAAAGGCCUUUCAGAACGUCUUGCGAAUGCAGUGUCUUCGCAGAAAGCAGCCUUCCAAACGUGCCCUGGGCUAUACCCUGCACCCACCCAGCCAUGCACUGCAGGGGCAGCACAAGGACCUGGUACGCAUCCCCGUGGGCUCAGGAGAGACCUUCUAUAAGAUCUCCAAGACGGAUGGGGUCUGUGAAUGGAAGUUUUUCUCUUCCCUGCCCCGUGGAGCAGCCAGGAUUACAGUACCCAAAGACCAAUCAGCCUGCACCACAGCCCGGGUGAGAAGUAAAAGCUUUUUGCAGGUCUGCUGCUGCAUGGGGCCCUCGACCCCCAGCCAUGGAGAGAUCCAUCAAGUUCCAACCAUUAAGAUCCACACCACCUCCCUCAGUGAAAACGGGGAGGAAGUCUAGAGGACAGGAAAGGACUUUUAAGCAUGAAACCACCUGCACGCAGCUCCAGUCGAGCCUGGUUGGAACACUGUUGGCAUCUGCUCCUUGUCUACAAACUGUGCUGUGGAGCAGGGCUGAGCCCAGGCUGCUGCGGGGUCCACCAUCUUCAAAAAGCAAUGGCAGCAGUGGCCUCCUGGCCUCCAAAGUCCCUGCAAGUUGAGUGAGUGGAGAUGACCAUUGGGGGACGGGGCUGGCAAAAGCAAGUCAGGAUUUCAGCAGAGGAACCCCCAGCCCCGGACCAGUGCUCCCAUCAGCAUUACCUCAUUCAUGCUCCCCCAGACUCAAAUGCUAGGAGGGCUGAGAAUGGACCUUAUCUGCUGUGUGCAGGAAAGUGUCGUUUCUUCUUCGUUCCUGCAAUGUGGAUUACUGAGUCUCCCACCUAAAAAGGUUAUGGUGGUUGGGGUGGGGGCUGUUGAGAAGGAGAAGGAAGACCUACCAAGGACACUGCUCAAAGCAGUGGAAAGAUGGAUGGUUCUGUAAUAUGUUGCUGCAACUGAUAAGCAAGGAACUGCCAUAAAGCUGAUGCUUAUUCAUUUGCAAAGACAAAGUAGUUGCCUUUCCUUUUCGUGUGACUCAGGAGUGAUUACAUUACUUUCCCUCCCUACCACAGUCAACAUGGCCGCGUUACAAACUGGACAGGAUUAUUGAUAAACUAUAAGAAAUACAAACUUAAUUAGGCAAAAAAAGAAAUCUAAGAACAAAUUUAUACUCUAUCUGGAGAGGAAAAAUAAAAUAAAGGCACUAUUAAAAAGCCUGCAUAUAGUAGGUGCCUAUUAAAGAAGUGAACACAGAUAAUCCCAACAGGAAAACUCCAAAUACUCUCUUCCAUUUAUACAAUACUUCAUGCUUGUCAAAGUACUCCUGCCAAUCUCAUGUUAUUCCUGAGUAUUAUGCCAUAAUACAGAUUAUCUGCAUUUAGCAUAUGAAGAAAUGAGGUGGGGUGGGGAGAGGCUUAAGGAUUUCUUUGAAUAUCCCCAUAUCCAGCCUCUGACUCCUUUUGCCAUGAACCUUCAAUAUCCCCAAGGUCCACUGUGUUUCUUGAGGCCCUGACUUUCAUAUUUCCUUCCUUCCUCGCUGAUCUAUAUUUUCAGCUUGAUUUGUACCUUCUCUCCUAUUCCAGCUCUGCCAGACGCUGGGUAGUACAAGUUCUAGGAGCUGCGUGCUUAUUUGUCUAUGCUUCUCUCAUUGGCCAAAAGACAAGAUGAUACAAUUCUGCUCUUUCUCCCUAGAUAGGCAGCAGCUGAGCUAAGGAAAUAAGCAGAGUGGGGGUCUCUUGGCUUGCACUAAGGGUGACAUGUAAGGCAAAGCCAGCACUGAUUGACAACUUACGGACCUCGGGAAUGGAAAGGGAGUUUCAAGACACUCCCUUCCCGGGGAGCCUGGGGGUCCCUGUACACACCCUGACCAUGACUCUCACUUCCUCUCCUGCACCAGGAUGCACUUGGCAAGAAAAAUACAGAGAAGCACAGACAGUUCCCAGCUUAGGAGCUGGGCGUGUUCCAAGCUCAUCUGCUGCAAGUCAAGAAAGCGUUCUUCCAAGAGGCAUUGUUAUACAUGGAGGAAAGGGAGGAUGCUUCCAGAUGAACCAAAGAAUAAAGACCUACUUAGUGCACACCAGGGAGUGACGAACUUUUCCUAUAAAUGGCUAGAGAGUAAAUAUUGUAGGCACUGUGGGCCAUGCAGUCUCUGUCACACAUUGUUUUUUUGUUUAAGUUUGCGGGGGGGCAACCCUCUAAAAAUGUAGAAACCAUUCUCAGUUCACAGGCAUCGGCCAGAUUUAGCUGUGGGCUGUAGUUUGCCAUCCCUGAUCCACGUGUCUCUCGCUUACAAAUAAUAGUGCAAAUAAUGCUGAGCAGUGGAUUUUCGUGUUCAACACACAAGCACCUUUUUAAAAAUAUGCCAUUGACACAUCCCCACUUGACGACAGGAGUGUUCCCAACCUGCAUGAAUUGUUAGGUAAAAUGACAGGUUCAUAUUCAGGGGUGCGACCUGUCUACCCAAAAGAUACACUUUAGUAUAUCAUUGUGAUUUUC